UCUUCAUCUCCUUCUUCUCCAUUUCUUCAAUUUCUCUGCAACUUCUUUUCGUCUCAAUCAACCGAUUUACUGUUUAAUUUUCUUCUUCGAUUUCUCCAAAAUGGCGGCCGUUUCCUCGUUUCCUCAGGUUAACGAUAUCGAGUCCGUGAGCUUCGAUGUCGACAAGCUUACCUACGAGAUCUUCUCCAUUCUCGAGAAUAAAUUUCUCUUCGGCUGCGAUGAUUCCGAUCCCAAGCUUCAUGUCGCCGCUCAGGCUCCGGCGGUCCACGAUGGCAAUGCCUUGAAAUCUGGUAAGCAGAACACCGGGAAGGUCAGGAUUCUGAGUAUUGACGGUGGAGGUUCCACCGACGGGAUUCUUGCUGCCAAGUCGCUGGCGUGUCUUGAGGAUUUCCUUCGUCGGAAGUCGGGGAAGCCUGAUGCGCGCAUUGCCGACUAUUUUGAUGUGGUUGCCGGUUCUGGUGCUGGAGGCAUUCUCGCGGCGUUGCUGUUUACUAGGGGGAAAGACGGUUGUCCUCUGUUUACGGCGGAUGGAGCUUUGAAUUUUCUGCUUAAGAACCGUCGAGAAAUUUUCCGGUCUUCCGAUGGAGGAAUCUUCCGGCGAGUGUUCCGGCCGGCGAAGGUGGAGAAGCUUUUCCGGAAAACGUUUGGAGAGUGGACGUUGAAGGACACGUUGAAGUCGGUUUUGAUUCCGUGCUAUGACCUCUCCACUAAAGCGCCGUUCCUGUUUUCUCGCGCCGACGCUCACGAAAUGGACGGUUACGAUUUCAAGAUUCGCGACGUUUGCGUUGCGACGUCUGCGGAACCGACGGUGUCAGGAGCCGUCGAAAUGCGGUCAGUGGACAAGCGGACCAAGAUCACUGCCGUCGACGGCGGCAUAGCCAUGAACAACCCGACGGCCGCCGCGAUUACGCACGUCCUGAACAACAAGCAAGAAUUCCCGUUCUGCAAUACCGUGGAAGAUCUCCUCGUAGUCUCCCUCGGAAACGGAGAGUCAGAUUUCGGCGCCGUGAACCUCAAUUCGUCGCCGGCCGCUUUCACAAGGAUCGCCGGAGAGGGCGCUUCCGACGUGGUUGAUCAAGCGGUUUCUAUGGCAUUUGGUCCGCACAGGACAAGCAAUUAUAUCCGUAUUCAGGGGAAUGGCAUUGUGGCAAAGAGCAACUUGGAGAAGGCAAAAAGAGGCCCAAAAAGCAGCAACAUCUUGGAGAAAGCAGGGGAAAUGUUGAGGCAGAAGAACAUAGAAGCUGCUUUGUUCAAAGGGAAGAGGAUGAUUGAGAAGACAAACAUGGAGAAAUUGGAGGAGUUUGCGGGAGAGGUGAUCAAAGAACAAGAGAGGAGAAAAAGCAGCAUCCUCCCCACAGUACUAUUGAAGCAGGCAUUUCCAUCGCCAAGAACAUCCUCGGCUUCUGCCACCACACUCUCCACCAUUUCCUCCUGCUAAGUGCUAAUCAUUCUCAGAAAUUUGGAGGUUAGUUUAGAUUCUAUAAAAGGAAGAUAAUUUCAUGUAUUAUGCUGCUUCUUCUGCUGCCGCUCGCGAUGAAAUGGGAACGUCCGAGUCUGAGCUGAGCUGCUGUUGUGUUGCGAAAACUGCCACCAGCUUUUUUUUUUCUCUUAAAUCUUUUUGGGUGUGGCUGUUGAUUAAUUUACUAGUAUAACAUUUGCCAGUAUGAGGGCUCUGCAAAUGCCCAAUUGUAUAGUAAACAGAGAGAUUUUCAUUUAUUUAUUUUUUCUCAAAGUGGGAAGACUAAAGAGUGUGAUUUUACAGUAGAGGUGAGACACAGAGAGAGAGAGCUUGGAGUUUUGUGUAAUUUUACAUGUAUAAUAUAAUAUCCCAUUGCAAAAAUUUGGUAUUAACCU